CAUUCAGUCCAAAGGGCUAAUUUAACAGGACAUGCAGAGAAGGUGGGGAUUGAAAAUUUUGAGCUCCUGAAGGUCCUAGGAACUGGAGCUUACGGGAAGGUGUUUCUCGUGCGCAAAGUCAGUGGCCAUGACGCUGGGAAGCUCUAUGCCAUGAAAGUGCUGAAAAAGGCCACCAUAGUCCAAAAGGCCAAAACGACCGAGCACACGAGGACGGAGCGGCAGGUCCUGGAGCACAUCCGGCAGUCGCCGUUUCUGGUGACGCUGCACUACGCUUUCCAGACUGAGACCAAGCUUCAUCUCAUCUUGGAUUAUAUAAAUGGUGGAGAACUGUUCACUCAUCUUUCCCAAAGAGAGCGUUUCACAGAGCACGAGGUGCAGAUCUAUGUGGGAGAGAUUGUGCUUGCCCUGGAACAUCUGCACAAGUUCCUGAGCUUCAGCUUUAGAAGGAUGAAUCUGAGCGAUUCUUCUUCGGUUUUGCUGAAAGAGCAUACUCCUUUUGUGGAACUAUUGAAUACAUGGCGCCAGACAUUGUCAAGGGAGGAGAUUCAGGACAUGACAAGGAGGAUCUUAAAAAGUGAACCUCCUUAUCCCCAAGAAAUGAGUCCGCUAGCCAAAGAUCUUCUCCAGCGCCUGCUGAUGAAAGACCCCAAGAAGAGGUUGGGGUGUGGUCCUCGGGAUGCAGAUGAAAUCAAGGAGCAUCUCUUCUUCCAGAAAAUGAGCUGGGAUGAUUUAGCUGCCAAAAGAGUGCCCGCGCCAUUCAAGCCCGUCAUUCGCGAUGAAUUAGACGUGAGCAACUUUGCAGACGAGUUCACAGAAAUGGACCCCACAUACUCGCCCGCCGCCCUGCCCCAGAGCUCGGAGAAGCUGUUUCAGGGCUACUCCUUUGUGGCUCCCUCGAUUCUCUUCAAGCGCAACGCGGCCGUCAUAGACCCCUUCCAGUUUCACGCAGGCGCCGAGCGCCCCGGAGUGACGAGCGUCGCCAGGAGUGCCAUGUUGAAGGACUCUCCAUUCUAUCAACACUACGACCUGGACCUGAAGGAGAAGCCGUUAGGAGAAGGAAGUUUCUCAAUAUGUCGAAAGUGUGUACACAAGAAGAGUAGCCAAGCCUUUGCAGUCAAAAUAAUCAGCAAAAGGAUGGAAGCCAAUACUCAUAAGGAAAUCACAGCUCUGAGACUCUGUGAAGGACACCCCAACGUCGUGAAGUUGCACGAGGUGUUUCAUGACCAGCUUCACACCUUCCUGGUGAUGGAGCUGCUGAAUGGCGGGGAGCUGUUUGAGCGCAUUCAGAAGAAGCAGCACUUCAGCGAGACGGAAGCCAGCUACAUCAUGCGCAAGCUGGUCUCCGCCGUCAGCCACAUGCACGACGUGGGCGUGGUGCACAGAGACUUGAAACCAGAGAAUUUAUUGUUCACAGAUGAAAAUGACAAUUUGGAAAUCAAGGUCAUUGACUUUGGGUUUGCGCGCUUAAAGCCCCCCGAUAACCAGCCCCUCAAGACGCCGUGCUUCACCCUGCACUAUGCCGCCCCCGAGCUCCUGAACCACUCCGGCUACGACGAGUCCUGCGACCUGUGGCGUUUCUCUUCCCGACAGUACACCAUGCUGUCGGGGCAGGUCCCGUUCCAGUCUCAGGAAAAGAGCCUGGCGUGCACCAGCGCCGUGGACAUCAUGAAGAAAAUUAAGAAGGGGGACUUCUCCUUUGAAGGAGAAGCUUGGAAGAACGUCUCCCAGGAGGCUAAAGAUUUGAUUCAAGGGCUCCUCACCGUCGAUCCAAACAAAAGGCUCAAAAUGUCUGGCCUGAGAUACAACGAAUGGCUUCAAGACGGCAGUCAGCUGUCCUCCAACCCUCUGAUGACACCGGACAUCCUGGGGUCCUCGGGAGCUGCUGUGCACACCUGUGUGAAAGCCACCUUCCAUGCCUUUAACAAGUACAAGAGAGAGGGCUUUUGCCUGCAGAACGUGGACAAGGCCCCUCUGGCCAAGAGGAGGAAGAUGAAGAAGACGAGCACCAGCACGGAGACGCGCAGCAGCUCCAGCGAGAGCUCCCACUCCUCGUCCUCCCACUCGCACGGGAAGACCACCCCCACGAAGGCCCUGCAGCCCGGCCAGCCCGCCGACGGCAGCCACCCCGAGCCGCUCUUCCAGUUCUCAGACUGAGCGGCCUGCGACCCUGAGCCCCCCGCCUGCCUGGCCCGGGCUGUGCUUUCUAAGGUCUCUCGUGGACCUCACUGGAAUCCGCCUCUUAGUGAAUUAUGUUCAGGAAAACUUGUCCGGUUGCCCUUGUCUGAACGCACUGGACAGAACGUCACUGUGAACCGAGCACAGGCCACGCUGUCCAGGGACCUGAGAGCGGCGCCCACGGGACUCUUUCUUAGAGCGCAAAGGUUACUAGACGUCUCACCAGGGCCCGGCUAGACCUGAUCUGCCCGAGGUUUGCCAGCUUCUGCCAGCCCAGCCGCAGGGGACCCCACUGCCCUGAUCCCUUUUGCUUCGCCUUGUGGACAACGUGAGUUUUCAAGAGACGGGUGCCUUGCGUGCCCAUGGCCGAGCUGAGCCGAGUGAGGAAAAGGCCGGACAGUUUCUCCACAAGCUUCCGUCAUGAAUUUCCUUGUGUGGCACAUGCUUAUUUCUGGGGAAAGGAUUUUAACUUAUUGUUUUUAUUUCAUGGUUACGUAUGACAGUAACCUGCCAUUAAUCUUCUAAAAAGUGAAGGGGAAAGGAGAGAAAGAACAAAACAUAAGAACUUAAAGCCCUGAGGCCUCUCUGGGGCCACGUGAGAUGCAUGCUGAGCUGCGUCGUGUUGAGUUUGCACUACUCUUUCCUGGCGAUCUGUUUUACUGACUUGCGUAAUACUGAGGCACAAGUCUCUGUGUGUGUAGUCUUGUUGCACUUUAUAGGAGAGUGAGCAGAAGUGAGCUAGUUUGUAAAGUGCACUGUGUGACCCAUGUACCACGUUUUAGCCCCCGUCCCCCUCUCCUUGGGCAGCAGGUGGACGUGGCACGAGAGGUGCGGCAUCCCCGCAUCCUCGCCGUGCGUGCCUGCAGAGGAGCAGAAGGGAAGGACGCGAAGCACUGUGCUCCAUCCUCCAACACUGUGUGCCCCGCGGGGGGCGCCUCCUGCAGGCCGAAAUUCUCUACUGAAUAGUCUAGAAUCACAACUAUGCUUUGGGGAAAGAAAAAACCUUCUGUUUGAUUUUAAAUCCGGACGCAACUUUUAUGAACUUCUGCAGAGCCUUGUCAUGGCUCGCCAGUUCUGAUCUUGUCCAAGAAGCCAGUGUCUGGCGAUCGAGACAUUUCAUGGAGCGAGUGCUGCAUUUUAAAAGAAAAUGAGUUCAUUCCCUAUGCAAAAAAAAAAAAAAAAGAGUAACAGGAUAAGUGGUGUUCUCUCUCCUUUUAAAGCCAUCCCAUGGGACGUCAGGAAGUGAGAAGAGGCGCUUUUGCUGUUUGCAGGACUCGUGCUCACCAGAGAAUGCCCAGCCUGGCGAUCGUUGUUGUCAUGGCAACCUCCUGAGCCUCGCUCUGGGUUUAUCGCUGUUGUCAUGGCAACCUCCUGAACCUCACUCUGGGUUUAUCGCUGUUGUCAGGGCAACCUCCUGAGCCUCGCUCUGGAGUCAGAGCGUGAGGGUGAUUCCUUUCAUUCGCUGCGACCGAUUAGGAACAGGAGCGACUGCACUCUGUAACCGCUGAAUAUUUAUUACUAAUUCAAUGUCUAUAUUAAUAGCACAGGCAACAAACGUGGCAAAUAUUAAAAAUAUUUUCAAAAUA